AUGGGACGGUCCCUCACCGGUACCGUGAUCAUUACCGGGGGUAAUGGGCUGUUGGGAUCUGAGAUCGCAGUGGCUAUCGCGAAGACGCAGCCAUUCACCCAUCUCCUCUUGACGGCCCGAAAUCCCCAGGGCGAUGAUGUCCGCCAAUUGAUCUCCCGGAUCCGCCUGAUCGGCCCGCGCUCGAUCGAACGAACGGACGGUGGAGCGUGUUCGGAGGAGGGAAUCCCCCCCGUGGCCGAUCUCAUCCACUCUGCGGCGAUUGCCUCAUACACGAUCGACGAGCUCACCCUAGACGGCUAUGACCCUGUCUAUCAAACGAAUUGCGUCGCACCAUUCUUUCUGACUGUCGGCUUACUCGAGGCCUUCCGCGCUGGCGACGGAAGCCCCGACGGAGGCGCGAAGGUGAUCAACAUCGGAUGUGCGGCCUCGUCCUAUGGACGACUGGACUACUUCGACCACAACCAAGGCCGCGAUACCCGGCCUCCAGGGACGGUGUUGAGUGCAAAGGAAGGCAAUGUUCGCUUCGGAAGCAGCAAGCUCCUCGCCAGCGUUGCGUUAUAUGCAUUGCGACGCAGUCUGGCCAGCGUAAGUUCGGCCCCGAUCGCAACCUGCAUCAACAAUACGAACCUCCCUGGUCCCCGGCCCCUGCGACCAGCCAGUCGUGACCCUGGUCAUGUUUUUUCUUUUGCUGACCAUUUCUCCCCUCGUGACAAGACCGACAACAUCUCGCUGGAUAUCUUCACGCUCGACCCCGGUGGCAUGGCCGGCCAGAGUCACCUCCGUACUGGGGCGCCCCUGUCGGUCAGAGUCGCACAUCAAACACGGUCGGGUCUCCGACCGAUCCUGCGGAUGGUAUCGCGAAGUUCGAUCAACAAGGCCAAUGUUCCAGCCAAGGCGAUCGCCAAAGUCGCUUUCCGGCGGACGGUGGAUCCCGGCGAACGCUACUUUAUCCUCGAUAGUGAGUACGAGGCCGCAUCCGUCCUGGCGACGCUGCGCGACGGCGCACGCAUGGAGUCGCUGCUCGUGCAAAUGAUGCACCAGGUGGAAGCGGGCUGUCGGGCGAAAGGAUCACCGGUGUCAAUCAGCUCCACGCCGACGACCUGUUGA